GUAUCUGGUAUUUGUAAAAUAUCUGUAGGAUAUUUUACAAAUAGACAUAUCAACCUUCAAACAAUUCAAAACGAAAAAAUUCGAACUCGAGAACAAAUUCAUGAAAAACUUGUAUCUUUCACACCCGAAAUUCAAGGUUCUUACGCUCAGCGCUCUAAAUCAUUAAAGGAAUUGGAAGAUGAUUAUCAUAAAAUCUACUUGAGUAAAAACCAUUUAGCCGAAAAAUAUGCAUUAACGCGACAUUUAACGAAAGAUCUCGAAGAGACGACGGCCAAAAGCAAUAAUUUUAAUGAUAUAAUUAUUGAAGAAGAAACUUGGAGGAAUAAUAUGCAAAAAUUAGAUUGGAGAUUGUUAAAUAUUCCAAUGACAAUUCAAAUCAUGUCCGAAGAGUGGAAGAAUAAAGCAAUUGAAAACGAAGAAAAUUUAUUGGCAAAAUGGUAUUGGCAAUUAAGAAAUUAUACACUUGAAAUAAAGUCACGCCGAUCUAAUAAAGUUUCUCCUCGAUAUGAUAUUAAAUUUGAUUAUUCACUUGAUCGAUCGACUGAAAUGUUUCGUGAGAUGAUGAAUAUUAGAGAAACUAACUUACCAGAACAACAAAGCCAACAAAACAGUUACUUAUCAUCGUCAUCACUUAACAAGGAAGAUAUGAUAAAUUUCGUGAAAGAAGUUAUUUGGAAAGAAAUGGAUGAUUUAUUUU